AUGCUCAAGGUGCUUUUAAUCAUUGCGCCUGCACCCCAGAAAAAUUCAACAAGAGACAACCACAGGCCCACACAAGGCACAGAGUCCCAGAACAAAGCAUUACCUGAGAACACUUCAAAAACACUAUUACCAGCAGAUGUGGAGGUUACAGAACAGAGCUUUCCAGUCAUUUUUCAACCAGUUCAGGAGCAAGAUUCAUUGCCAGAAUUGGAAAAAGUUCAAGUAAAAAUGAAGGAAAACGCUGUAGAAAAUAAAAUGAUGUCUUCCACUUCUAAAGGAGAAGAUCAAAGGGUUGAAAAUAGCUUAGAGGCAUUACAGAAAUGUUGCAAGAAAAUACCUGAAUAUGAUAAUUAUGGAAAAAAAAUUACAAAUCCAGAGUCAUUUGCUCAGCAUGAACAUGACAAAGAGGAAAGAAAUAGCAAACAUAAGGAAAUAGGAAACAGGCCAAAAACAAUCAUAGUCGUGAUUGGGCAAAAUAAAAAAGGGACUGCAGUGCAUCCAGGUUCUGUGAGAUUUAGUCAAAAGACAUCUGUGAGGAGGGUGAAUAAAUCCUAUGAUUCUGUGGAUUGUGAAAAAUCCUAUGAGAAAAAAUCUUCAGAUGAUUUGCAUCUGAAACAGUCACACAACACUGUUAAAGAACAGAAAUGCAAUUUUUGUGGUAAAUCUUAUGUUUUAUCCUCUUUCCUUAGACUCUCUCGCUCAAGAAACAAACGAUUAGCCUGUGAUAAAUGUCUGAAAACAAUCAAUUUAAAAUCUCUUCUGAAAAAAUGCCAGAAAAAACGUGAGCCUGAGAGGUUUCCAUGUGAUGUUUGUGGAAAGAUUUUGAAGAGAAAGUGGAAGUUGGAAGAUCAUAUGAGACUACACAGUGGUGAAAGGCCAUUCCCCUGUGAAACUUGUGGGAGGAGAUUUUAUAGUCAGUUGGCCAGAAGUCGACACAUGGAUAUCCACAAUUCCUCCAGAAAAAGACUGUGCGAGAUCUGUGGGAUAUUCAUCAAGUGGGGGUCGUCAUUGCGGCUUCAUCAGAUAAGACACAGGAUCAAUGAUGAUUUGAGCACGAAGGAAAGAUCCGACAUUGCAAACAUUCCUUAUGUUUGCGAAUUUUGUGGCAAAGGCUUUUGUAAAAAGUCGCCAUAUGAAAAGCACAAAAUAAACAAGCAUGAACGUAGGAACAAAGUCAAGAAAACUCCCGAUGGUCGAAUGAUAUGUGACACUUGUGGAAAGUCAUUCUCCUGCAGCUCAACUUAUAGGCGUCAUAUAGCCCUCCAUACAGGAAAGAUGAAAGCCAGUAGUACCAUGUGA